GAGGGAAUUAACAGCACCAGAGCUGGUAAAACGAUUUGCAUAAAAUCAUUGAAAGCUCGUUUCCAUAAAGCUACAUCACCACCUGCAGCUUUAGGAAUGAUAAAAAAUAGGUAUAUAAUCGGAGAUAUUUUGUUGACAGCAUUUAACGUGUCUUGUGCAUCCACAAAUGAAAGAUGCAUAAAAAGUAAAUGA